AUCUGUGUAACUAGGACCCAUCUAACCAGCCUUUGCGCUCAUUGGUGUUGCUUGUGCUUUUUCUUGGUUGUUUGUUUCUGGGUCUAUUUGGUUUUUGCUUUUUUCCAUUUUGUUUAGUUUGUUGUUUUCCUCCUCGUUGUUGUUUUGCCCAUUUGGUCUUUUUUUGCAGUUUUCUUUAUUUUGCUUCCCCCACUCUAGUCAGCUAGCACACUCAGAAGUAUCAGCGUUCGAGGAUUUAGUGGCUUUUCCUCUUUGUUUUUUCUGCAUUAUUGAGAUAGGCUUGCGGCAUCGCCGCUAGAGUAGUGAGAGUAGCUGGUGCUGUGUCUUAGUCAGCUGGGUAGUCAGUCCCCCGUGGUCCCUUUGUGUUGUAGGCAGUGCAGUGAGGAUCGGUGAUUAGCUAGUGUGCGUCGAGUGAUUUAGGGAGUCGAGAGAGCGUAGUUAGGUGACCGGCAUCAUGGAAGACCCCUUGGACUUCCAUCCUCCUCUGGAUGGGAUCCGUUUUGUGGACGUAAUCGGCCGGGGCGGCUUUGGCCUGGUGAAGCUGGCCCGGCACCUGGCGUCGGGCAAGUACGUGGCAAUGAAGAUCCUCCUGCGAGACUGCUCUCCCAGCAGCCCGCUGUCCGCGCAGGGGGAGGCAGCCAUCCUGAGGAGCCUGCAGCACGACAUCGUGCGGCUGCUGGAGGAGCGGCACACGAGGACGCACCUGUUCCUGGUCAUGGAGCUGGCGACCAAGGGCUCGCUCCAGAGCUACGUGUUUGAGCAGGGCGGCCUGGCUGAGGCCGAGGCCAGGACCCUGUUCGGCCAGGCGCUGGCCGCCGUGAGCUACUGCCAUGCCCAGCGCGUGGUGCACCGGGACCUCAAGCUGGGCAACCUGCUGCUGGACGAGCACAUGACCAUCAAGCUGGCGGACUUCGGCCUGAGCCUGCGGCUGGAGCAGGGCACACUGGCCAGCCACAGCAGGAGAGGAGCCCUGCUCCCAGCACCACCCCCAACUCCUCCCAGGCCUCCAGCCAGCCACAGCAAGAGUGGAGCCCUGUUCCCAGCGCCGCCCCUGAGCCAGCCUCCGAAGCGUCGCCCUCCAGCCCCAGUGCCGGGAGCCACGUGGACCUUGCAGAGCCAGAAGCCGCUGCCCGGCCAGCAUCCCCUGAGCUUGAUGCCCUAG